GGUCUGCGCAAUCAGGGUCUGGUGAAUCAAGCCAUGACAGUGCUUAUCCAGCAUUGCGAUGCGAUUUUUAUGGGUGAUCAAGUCGACGAAACCUUCGCUUUGGGUGAUGACUUUGCCGACUCAUGGCGCUCGGCCACGAGUGGAUUAAACCCGGAACCGUUGGAUUUAAAAGCAUUCUCUUCUUCAACUUCGUGUUCUUCGUCUUCCGUCAGUCGGUCGUUCUAUUCCACUUUGUUCUCCGGGCGUAGCCAGGAGCGGUUGACUGCCGAGAGCACAAACCUCAUACCCGGCACAGAUCCACCAUCUUUAUUGGGCUCACCUCAGUAUAAAGUUGUUAAGCCCAUGAUGCCUGCUCUGUGGACCAAUCCUCCAUCCACUAGACUGAUUGGUGUGACCACACAUAAUAGAGAGUCGACCUCAGCACCGCAGACAGCACCCGGUCGACUUCGAACUCCCGAACUCCGAUCAGAACCCAAUACACUCACUCUGUCCUCCGGAUCUCGGACGUUCUCGACCACCUCAACCACUUCCUCUGGCUCUUCUUCCUCAGGUCUGGACACACAUUCAGCUGGUUCGGAAAGCCCCAAGUCUGCUCACUCCGAUGCACAGAUCUCGCACAGCGAACCGGGUGCUAAUCUGAUGUCUGAACUGAAUUUUCCCGAUUCUUCCAAUCAACUUGCCCUGGAUUUGGCUCAUUUGAUCACCUCAUUCGGUAGUGACAACUGUAUUGAUUUCUCGUCCAUUCCGCUUUCAAACGAGCACUCCGCUUUGUUGACACGUCGUAUGGGCACGAAAAACUCUCAGUCGAAUCCACCCGAACCGAACGGUUUCCACACCGAUCCUUCUGCGACCCAGACCAAUGGUGCAGAUAAACUGACCGUUAAUUUGGUUGAUUCACCCGAUCACAAACCUCCCACAGUGAUUGUGUCCAGGCCAUCCACAUGCGGAGAUCAUGAACCGCAAAUGGCUUGCCUCUAUACCGCAGAUUACGAAGUGUGUAUGUACGAACUGCCUGCGAUACCAGACUCAUGCCCGAGCAAUACAACAGUCACAACCACAGCACCCACCAUAACCGCGUUUACAAAAGGUGUGACCGAGUCGCGGACAGAUGACCCAUCCGAUGUGGAUCUUUUGCGGGGAUUUCGUCCUCGUCCGAUUCCAGCACCAUCACUUCUAUCCCCUCAGUCAAAGAACAGUGUCGUACCCGAUCCGAUCCCACCCCAGUCGGCCGCACCGGCGGCGGCUGCGGGAAAUUCGCCCGCCGUCUGCUUGCCAUCGGUUCAUCUGAAUCAGGCGAUUAGUGCCUGUUUGGAUGCCCAUGUGUUCGCUUGCGGAUCUCCCAAGGAUCAGGAUGCACCACGUAGCCCAUCGCUUGACCAUCAAACAAACCUACCACAUCUCGCCACAGCGACCAGCUCUCGAGCAGCCAGAUCCCAAUCGGGUUUGGCAGUGCGAUCAGGUUCUGCGGUCCAAUAUUUGCGGGCCGAACCGAACUCGUUAUUCCCGACCCUAUCUGCCGCACCCUCUAUGUCCAACGGUCGCCUUAGCCUGAUUCCCGGCAUGUCAGUGACAUCCAUUGAACAUCGUGGGUCAACCGGAAAACACCAACCUAGCCAGAACGCUUCUGACAGUCCGUUAGAGACAUGCGGACAAGUGUGUCGUCCAACCUUCUCCGGUAUAGUUACGAGUGCCAGCACACCGGUCUCUAGGUCAUCUUCAAGCCAGCUACGAUCCAAAUGCCCAUUCCCGCUCAAUGGUCGCUUACUUACAACUCGAUCGGUGUCCGCACCAAUGGUCUACCUGGCGAGUUCAUAUGUGAAACGGAAACCCUUUUGGGUAGGUUCUAAUAGAUUCGCUCAUUCUAAUUCAUUUCGUUCUGGUUAUCUCAUCUAA